UAAAAAUAUAAUGUAUGGCUGUGGGGGUCGGUGGGCUGAUUUUCGGGCGCAAUUAUGCGCGGCAUGCGCGCCAUAAAAAUUCCUUCGCACGAAACGGAGCCGCUUUUCUGUGAAACUGCAUCCUUUGGUCGUGACGGCGCCGGCGGCGGCCGCGAUGAAUUUGCAUUUGUUGAGCGGCGAUCGCGAGCGAGGCAUUAUGGCGGCCGGCAGCAAGUUCGAGCGGCUCGUGGCCCACCACCCCUGCGGCGACCUGGUGCACCCCUGGCCCGGGGCCACCUGCCGCUCCGAGUUCCUCCUCAUGGGCCGCGACGGCGCCCUCGGCACCACCCCCUACAUGCUCAUCUUCUUCCUGGCCAAAUUGGUCGUCGGCGGCGCCAAAGGGAAGGCCCUGAGGGAGGAAAUCAAUCGGCUGCCGCUCAAAAUAGUCAGGGUCAGUUUGCUGGGGGCCACCCUGGCGUCAGGAAUCGUCGGUUCGAUUUGCGGUUUCAGGUGGUUGUUUGGCCGAUUCCGCUGGUGGUUUGUGGGUCUCGGUCCUGGAUCUGUGGCUGGUCUUUUGUCUAUCCUGACGCAAGAUAUUUCCGAAGUUCGCACAUUCGCCUCCUACUUUUAUGUUGCUGCGGUGGAAUAUGGAGUUCGGAAGGUGAUUUGGCGGCGGAAGAGGAUGCUGGUGCUGGAAACGGCGCUUUUCAGCGCUUUGAGCGCGGCCUUGGUGCGGCUGCAGCACCUGAGCAAACCGACCUCCCUGCCGUGGUUUUUCUACCCGGAAAAGUGUCCAGCGCAGUCCGAGAAGGAGCAUUCGGUGGCCUGCGUGGACCACGGGGUGCGCGGCGCCGCCCGGCUCGCGACUUUCGGCGCCAUUCUGGGCGGCCUGCGCGUCGUCGUUCCUCUGGCCCGCGACCUGCUAAACCGGAGGCCCGUCGGCGGCGGCGCCCGAUCGGCGGCCGCCUCCGCCUGGAGCUUCCCGGCCUUCCUGGCCGCCUACGUGGCCCUGCAGCGCUGGACGCGGUGCCUGGUGGCGCAGAACAGGGGCCGCGACGAUGGAACGGCCGCGGCCGUUUCAGGGGCCGUCGCCGGCCUCUCGUACCUGCUGCACCCCUCUCUCUCCAUUUUGGCGGCCGCCCUCGCCUCCAUCGGCCAGCUGGCGGUGCAGGACAAGGUGUCCGGCCGGUGGUGGCCGCACUUGGUGUUCGGCCUGUCCACAGGGUGGAUGCUGCACGCAAGACUCAACGAGCCGGACCACAUCUGCCCUCCGUUUGCCAGAAUUAUUUUCACCGAGUGUACCAGGGCCAGAGCCGACAGAAUCAUCGACGACUACAAAAACAUUCUGCAACUGAACAAGUAGUUUUGAAGGCAGAGCUGCACUAAUUCACAUUGCGAUUAUUGCUCAUAAGAAAGGCCAGUUCACUGGGAAAAAAUAUCAACAUUUAGACACAAAUUUCAACAGCAUCUGCCUCUCUUGGGAGCAACGUUAAACAAGCAAACCUUAAUCAGAAGUGAGAAGCACAUCGGCGGCGGAGAUUGAAACGACACAAUUUGCAUGGCAAAUAAAAUUGCAAAGGUUCAUAGACGUUUUAUUCGACAAAAAUCAUCGAGAAUCACAGAAGUGGGGGCGUGGCCCAGAGUCCGGACGGAGUAUCACGGCGCAGCGGCGGCGGCAGACUAGUCGUGGGCAGGGCUGGCGGGGGCCGCGAGGCCCCCGCCCGACCGUCACACGUAGACAGGACCCUGCGCUGUGCUAGGGUCGUGCUCGGCAUCAGGCGGCAUGACUGGCAAUCGAGGGUACGGAGGUCCGCCGCCGCCGUCGUCGAAGAAGCGCCGGAAGGUGAACUCGAAGAAGCCGUGGAAGGGCCGGUUGAAGUCCUGGUCGGAGUCGCUCGAACCGCCGCCGCAGCUGCUGCGCACCUUGUCGGCGUCGAUGUCGUCAAAGUUGGACGUGUCGGUCGGGUUGUCCAGGUGAGGCACAAACGGCGCCUUCUGCGAGCGCAGACCCUUGUCGAAGUCGAUCUCGCGGAAGAAGCCGUGCGCCUUGACCUCGCACGCGUUCUUGCCCAGCCGCUGCUCUGGAGAGGUGCACAGUUUCAGGAUCAGGUCACUCGCCUCUGGAGACAACUGGGCCUGCUCCGGUAUGUGCAGCGUGUCCUGCCAGUGGAUCACCUGUGGAUUCCCAAUGAUUUUUGUUUAAACAUCUGUUAAUUGUCAAUUUGAAUUUGUAUCGAUUUCUGAAUUAAAUUUCUCUUUAAGUAAUAUUUAUGUUUUUAGUCCGCUGAUAAUAAA